AAAGUAAACACUUAAAAUUAAUUUCUUUUUAUUCUAUUCUAUAUUUGGCUAUAAUUCUUUUUUUUUAAGUUGAUUUUCAUUUGUCUCAAGAUCUAAAGUUUGCCUUUACAUAUAAACCUAAAAGAAACCAAAAAGAAGUUUCAAUCCUCUUACCAACAUUUCUGCUGGUACUUCCUCAUUUAGGUUUUCCCACAAGCUGAUUGAUGAAAAUGUCAAUGAGCUUGUGUGGAAACCUUUGAUAUUCUUUGUUGAAUGUUUCUAUAAUCGAAUUUAUUUCGUAAAGGAAUGAUCAUUCGAUUGAAUCACAACAAUGGAGCUUUUUACUGCAAAUUGUCUGUCCACGGAAAACAAACCUCUUGAGCUUUCGAAACUGGUUAUAGAAGAUAAAAGCUCGGUUAAAAAGAACACUGAAAACACCAUUACACCUGUGAAUCAUGGUGCAAAGGUGUGGCAAGAGAACAGGGAGAAAUGGGUGGGAGAUCAAUCUCGACAAAGGAAAAAAACUACAAAGGAUCAGAUUAUAAGUUGGUCCACUACAUAUGAAGAUCUUCUCUCAACUCAUGAACCUUUCUCUGAGUCCAUUCCUUUACCCGAGAUGGUGGACUUUCUAGUUGAUAUUUGGUAUGACGAGGGCCUUUACGAUUAGAAGAAGAAUCUAACAAUGCCACAGUCUAAAUCAACAAAGAACAAAGAAAAAGAAAUCAUUAGGAGUUGCGAACACAUCUACUCAUGUUAUGAACUAUCUACGUGUGACCACUCACAUACUCCAUUUGUAACAUUUUUUAUGAUUGUUAAAUGAGAACAAAACUGAUUCCAAAUGUCUUAUUACUUUAACGCAAAACACAACAUCAAUGAGGUGACUUGAGUUUCAUCCAUCUUUAUCUACUCCAUGUUUGUCAACAUCAAUCAUACAUAGGAGAGCUUGGCCAUAUGAAAUUUCAAACCAUAAGGAGUAUUUACUAAAGAUUUGUUGCAACAAAUGAUCAAUAACAUAUCGAAACAUCAAGAAAACUGUUCUUAAAAAAUUAGCAACGGAGUCCACAUCCAAUGGAGACAGUAUACAGCAUCAUGUAAAUGAUCACAAGACAUAAUCUCCUAACAUAUGUUUUGUAAUAACCUUAGCUUCUUCUCUCCUUGAUUAUCGUCAUCUCAAUCACAAAAGUCAAUCUAGUGACAUGUCGCACAGACUCGGAUAAGAAUCUGUAAACCACUCACCAGUUGUUAUGUUUAUGUACAUGUCCUUUACUGUUACUUGAUGUUUUAUUUUGAGAAGUGAGGGUU